AUGAUAUCCGGUAAGCCAGCAUUGGCAAAGCUGGCUCUGUAUGAAGUGUCUACUCUGUUGCAUCAGAAUCCACGCAAGGACAAACCACCUUUGAAUUUUAAGAUGGCUCAUGGGGGACAAAGUUUUCAGCCUGCUGCUCCUGCUAUGCGAAACAUGCUACCACCAGGAAAUCCGAUGUGGCCUGAGCGGUACUCUGAUCCUCAUGGUAUGUUGCCAGUUCCAUGGAUGGGGGGAUAUGGGAACCAGCCUUCUGGAUUUGGGCAAGGUGGUUUUAAUGAUGCUCAUGCUGCAUGUGGUGGGGAAUCUCCGAGUGAGUUUUCUAUGAAAAUUCUGUGCUCAGCCACAAAAAUUGGUGGAGUGAUUGGCAAGGGUGGCUUCAAUGUAAAACAAUUACAGAAAGAAACAGGAGCUGGUAUUCAUGUUGAGGAUGUGUUGGCGGAGUCUGAUGACCGUGUAAUCCGUAUCUCUUCUUUUGAGGCUUUGUGGGAUCCAAGAUCACAAACUAUAGAGGCCAUUCUUCAGCUUCAACACAAAACAAGUGAACAGGCUGACGAUGGAAUUAUUACAACUAGACUUCUUGUUCCAUCAAGUAAGGUUGGCUGCAUUCUUGGACAAGGAGGACAUGUGAUCAAUGAGAUGAGGAGGAGAACCCGUGCAGACAUACGUGUUUAUUCCAAGGAAGAUAAGCCCAAGUGUGCUUCUGAAGACGAAGAGCUUGUGCAGAUAUCUGGAAACUUUGGUGUUGCUAAAGAUACAUUGGCAGAGAUUGCAUCAAGGCUUAGAACGAGAUGUCUGCGAGAUGCAAAUGCUGGAGCAGAACCUGCUCCAGUUGAGCCUGUUCCAAGACUUGGUCCUUCAAGAAGCUUACCUGGCGCAAGGCCACCUCCAUCUGGUCCCAUUGGAGCCGGCAGCUCUGGUCGUUACGAAAUUUUGAAGGGUGGUGGACGUGAAUAUGAACCUCCAAGUUAUCUUGUACCUCCAAGUGCCACUGGAUUCCAAAACAUCAGCCAUUUCAUGGAGUUGAGGAUCCCGAAUAAUGCUGUAAACUCUGGUAUGGUUUCAGGCAGGAACAACAUUGGUGAGAUUUUCUCUUCGAGUUUCUUCACAAAUACUGAUCCAACUCCAAAUUCUGACAUCUCCUAUAUUUCAAUUCUGUAUUGGGGUAGGAAUGCCAAUGGGAUUUGGUUGAGACAGAUUGCUGGAACCAGGGUGAAGCUCCAAGAUCAUCAGUCUGGUGGUUCUGAAGGUGGUGUUGAAAUCCGGGGUUCAUCUGAGCAUCUGAAUACCUCCCAGAACAUACUUCAGACCUAUGCUAAUACUGGGGGAGAAAACAACAAUCCUCAACAAGGAUCUUAUCAAAACUAUAAUGCUGAGCAAGGUGCCUAUGCAAACAUCAACGCUACACAAACCUCUUACCAAAUCAACCCUCAGCAAACCUCUUUCCAGAUCAACCCUCAGCAAACUCCUUACCAAACCUUCAAUUCGCAGCAAGCAGCCUACCAGAACAUCAGUGCACAACGUUAUUACAAGUACUAACACUAGAUUGGGCAAUUUUGUAGCGUUAUUUUCUGUAGUGUUUCAUUAUAUGAUUAUAGUUGAUUUUCAGUUUUUGCAUGACUUUGGACGUCUCUUCUUUCUUGUCAUGAAGCAGGAUUAAUGUCUUCUGCAUGAUGGGGGAACAAUAGAUUUAGAAUUUUCCCAGUGCAGGACUUGUUUAAUCUAAUUUAAUUUUUGAAAAAGGUUAUAUAGCUAAGAGCAGUAGUUCCC